GUGUAUCUUUCCCGCCAUGGUGACCAAACGGGGGACCAAGAAGGCGCCCAAGCCGUGGGCCCUCUACCCGUCCCUCCACGAGCAGGUGACUCGCCUGCUCGAGGAGGACGACCUAUUCUUCGACUUCAAUCACGCCGACGACGACGUGAGCUGCAUAAGGGACUACGACACCACCAUCAUGGGCCACUUUGCGUGCCGCAACGCGUCGUGCAAGUCGGACGGCUGGUCGAGCAAGAAGAUCGCCAUCACCAUCCGCAUGUACCCUGGCGCGCGAUACAACGCCCGCGUCUACUUCCAGCGGUGUAAGAGUUGCAAGAAGCUGAGCAGGCCGUCUCUCGACGACUCCUAUGCGGACCGAGUCGCGUACCGCCUCAAGAAGUGGUGCGGCGUGCAUGUCGCGCAGCCGUACCGCAGCGGACAGAGCAAAGGCCCCCAUCAAAGCGAGCUGUGCGAGGGCUGCAAGGCCGGUCACUGCAGCGAGAUGAGCCAGGCGGAUUUUUGAACGAAGUGAGUUUCAGAAAGAGACAAGAUUGGGAGCAUGAGGUGUACGGUUGGGGGGUCAACAUCGACGCAGCGAGACACGAACGCUUCAUACCACUGUCGGCAGGUCUUUGUCUCGUCCAACGCUUAACGGUCAUAAUUCGCACAUUGCCGUUUCGGCUUUGGCAUCGAUGCAGGAUGCAGCAGACUCAUGCUGGAAACGCAACAUGGACGCAGCAGAGUCAAUUCGAUAGCAACACAGUUGAGUCCGUCCUUUCGAGAGGGACCGAGGCCGCACGAUAAGGAAUGGGUGUUCAUGUUCCGUCCCAUGGCCUUGGAGAAUGUACCGAAUCUUCUUCUAUCUAUCUGAUCAUCAAGUCACAAUUGGGAACGUGG